GAUAGAGUUGGCCUUAUCUUUUUGUUUAUAUUGGAAUGGGAUUCGCUCCGUGACGCAGCGACGCAGCCGGUUGAUCUCGUGACGGCAAGCAAGGUGGCGUCGCCGGCGGAUCGCUCGCUCGGGUAAUUCCCUCGCAAUUAUCUAACAGUUGCGUGUCACCUUUACAUCCGCCGCCACGCCAAUGCAGACAUUCCUGAGAGGCGCACGCUCGGUCUGGGUGACGGGCGGCACAGGGGAGGCCUAGGGGGCGCGGCGGCGCGGCCGAGCUCAGUCUUCGCUGUCGACAGCAGACGACGGGAGCGGCGGCUGUAGCAGACGCUCCGCGCUUUCGUGACACAACCGACCGCGUCGCUGGCAAUUGGAAAGGCUUAGUUCUUGUGCGUGUUGUUUGCUUGUGGUUGGAUCAUGCAUUCGAGGAGUUGCAGCCUACGGAGAGUUCUCACUUACGUGUGGAUACUUGUGCUUCUUCUCCUGUGCAUGGCGUCCAUUCGAGGCGCCUUCCUGCCCAGCAAGCUUCCGGGCUUCCGGUGCGACGACCCGGACAUCCGGCACCCGUUCCGGGGAGACACGGUGACCCUCGGCCAGAUCCUGCUCCUGGUCGUCGUCGUCCCGGGCCCGCUGCUCGCCCUGGUGGAGUGGUGGGCGAACCCCUGCGGACCGCGCGACUGGGGCGUAAUCGGGUCGGCAUUCCGCCACUACGUCAUCGGCCUAGAGCUGGUCUCCGUGGCCGUCGAGGUGGUCAAGACCCUGGUGACCCAGCCAAGGCCGCACUUCCUGGACUCUUGUAGGCCGGACUGGGACAGGCUCGACUGCUCGCGAGGGCUGGUGACGCAGUACGAGUGCACUAAUAAGGAGUCCCGGAUCCUGGUGGACAUGUACAAGUCCUUCCCGUCGGGCCACGCGGCACUCGGCUUCUACCUCUUUACCUUCGUGGCGAUCUACUCGCGGUUCCGGCUGUCCUCGGCGUCGUCCCACUGGUCCCGGGCGUGGAACGGCGUCCUGUUGGCGUGCCUCCUGCUGCUGGCCUGCCUGAACGCGGCAUCGCGCGUCUACGACCGGAGGCACCACGCCGUGGACGUGCUCGCCGGAUCCUUCUUCGGCCUGCUGGGAGGACUGGCCGCGGCGUGGUGGCUAGUCUCCAAUUGCCGACAACGCCAGGAGACAAAGAGUCGAUGACCUCUGAACCAGCACUUCUAUAGUGCGUUUUAGUGAUAUUUAAUAUCCACCUCGGCCUUACUCGGGUUGUGGGACGGCAGCGACCAAGCCAGCCGCGACCAGAUACUACUUUCUUACGGCAUUAAAGCCCGUCCCAAGCUUUUGUUGAGUGAUCAAUGCAACCGAUUUUGUUGGACAACUCAAUGCGUACAAAAGACUUUCCCGCCGCCGGCGACGGUUUGGUGACGCAAGCGACGCAAGUACCCGAGCGAGCAGUGGGUCGAAAGGUUUUCCUCGUCACGCCAGCGUUUUCAAGGUCAAGUGUAUUUAAAGACCUCCCAAGUGCCGCAUCACACCUCAUCCCAUCGUGCUAACAACGUUUCGACACGCACGAUUUUCAAAACAAACAAAAAAAUAAACUUUUCUAAAAGUUG